AUUAAGGGUUUCGGGAACUCAGCACACCUGUUUCGCUCUUCUCAAAUCUCGCUUGUGGAAUUUCCGUGGAAGAUAAUAGUUUUUAUUUGUGGAAGAAAAUAUUUUCAUUGAAUUUUAGGAUGCUGGAAUUGUGGCAGGAUUUGUGAUUCAGUUUUUCAAGGUGUGCGAGCCACGAUGUUCGCCGUCCCGUCCACCGGGAGGUGAUCUCCGGCGCAUGGUGUGAGUCGAGUGUCCAGGAUUUUGUUCGACCGAGGGUGUGGGUUGGAGCCCCACGAUCUUGUGUUCGGGACGCCGCCCCUCCUUCGCCUCAAACUGGUGCGGCUACAGGACCCCCCCGGGAUGGAUUCGCCCGAGAAGCUGAAUGGCUUUCUCACCACCUCCAACGGCGGCCCGGGCUCCAUCCGCAGCAAGAGCAAGAAGGAGCUGUGCACGGCGUGCCAGCAGCCCAUCAUCGACCGUUACAUCAUGCGCGUCAUGGACAACUCGUGGCACGAGGGGUGCCUCACCUGUGCCGUAUGCCGCAUGCACCUUUCGCGCACCUGCUAUUCGCGCGACCGGAAACUCUACUGCAAGGCCGACUACGACAAAUUAUUCGCAGUGAAGUGUACGGGCUGUGUGCUGCCGAUCGCCCCUACGGAGCUGGUGAUGCGAGCCCUAGACCACGUGUACCACUUACCCUGUUUCGUGUGCGUGGGCUGCGGACGACAGCUUCAAAAAGGCGACCAGUUUGUGGUGAGGGGAGGUAGGCUCUACUGUCGGCCGGAUUUCGAAAAGGAAAUGCAAGUCAUGCAGAUCGUCACCAGAGGCGAAAACGGUCAACUCACAUCUACACCGCACAAUGGCCAACCGAGGCAGGAUGGCCGGAGAGGACCUAAGAGGCCGCGAACUAUACUCACCACAGCCCAAAGGAGAGCGUUUAAAGCUUCCUUUGAAAUCAGUCAAAAACCUUGUAGAAAGGUUCGAGAAUCUUUAGCAAAAGAAACUGGACUAAGCGUUCGGAUAGUUCAAGUUUGGUUUCAAAAUCAGCGAGCAAAGCUAAAGAAGUUGCAAAGAAAGCAGCAGCAGCAAAUGCAACAACAGAGCCAGAAACAAAACGCGGAUGGUCAACAAAAUGGUGGCUCCAACGCAGACCUUUCCAGUCCUGGGAAAGACGGGAAAAAAUCUGACGAUCUCAGUCACGGUGAUCCGGGAGAUUAUUCCCCUCCAUACGCCCGACUGUCAGUAGGAGAUUCGGACCCUUCACAGUUUCCGUUACCGCCAGUUCCUUUCGGUUCGCAGGGGUCCGAAGGUCAGUACUACACAUCUUCCCAUCCCGAUUCCCAAUACAUGAAGAGUGAUAUCAGUAUGGACAGUGAAGGCAGUCUCGGUGGUCUGGAAGACGUCCUCAUCAGUCAAGGUCAGACGACAACCUUGAGUGAUGGAGGGCACAUAUUCCCCUCCUCCGUGAAUCCUAUCGACAAACUCUACUCCAUGCAAACGUCCUAUUUCAGUUCGAACGAGUGCGAGUGCCUAGGUGCCACGAACUAAAGCCCUCAGAACUAUGAAACACUGUACAUAUUAUAUUCUGCAUAGCGGGCUGCCAAGAAUAGAACAAUUUAUCAAAUGACUUUCCAGACGUUGCGUCGGAAUUCCUGUACAUCAUAAUUGGAACUCUCUGAAGAGGAUUCUCCAUCUUGUAAUUAUUACAUGUUGUUCGAGAAAAAAAAGUGUUCCACUUAGUUUAUGCUUUGUUAUAAAACA